CGAAGUUUGAGUGUAUUAUUUGCUCUUCGUCCUAAGAAAAAUAUAUUUAAUAUAUUCUCAGGUGUUAGAAUAUAUUAAAGAGAUUUCUGAAAUGUUAUUUUAUACUUUGGUCAAUUAAUUUUUAUAUUUUGGUUUCAAAAACUUAAAUCGACGUUCAAAGCAAAAUUGGCGGCAAUAAAUCCUUUUCAAUUUAUAAAAUGGAGUUUGUGUGUUUAAGAAAUAUAAGCAUAAAGGACGAACCAGUUGAUUAUACUGACAAUAUUGAAAGUUCAGAGGUGAUGAUUGAGUCUGAAGAACGCACUAUAGUUGAUGUAGAUCCGAUGAAUUUGUUGGAAGCUAUAGCUGAACGCUGUAGUGAAGACGACCAAGAAGUCAACGUGACAUCAAAUUGUGAUGAUGUGGGGUUAAGUGAUAAGUGGAAAAAUUGGAUAAGAACCUAUCCCUGGUUGUUGCGUAGAACUGAGGGUAAACGCCUAGGUUUCUGCCUCUAUUGUGGCAAGGAUAUGAAUGUUGAGGGUGCUUGUUCUCUACAAAGGCAUGAUGGGGCAAUGAUACACAAAGAAAGGCAACAUAACUAUGAACAAUUUUUACAUUCUUGCAAGGAGGCCUUUAAUGAAGAUGGGUUAUCUGCCAUAAAAAAUGAAGUUGAUGAUUUUAAUGCGCAGCGAAUUUCAACGGAAUUAAUAAGAAAACGUUUGGAAAGAUCCAAAGAUUUGAAUGAUUUUAACUGGACUAAUUGGCAAAAAGCACACUGCUGGUUAGUACGUCAGAAUCAUGCUGAUGAGUGCGGAACUAAGGGUUACUGCAAAUACUGCAAUUGUGUUUUCGAUGUAGAAUUUUCCCUCAAUAGACAAAGGCACGAAAAUUCUAUUAAACACAAACUUAACGAGAAGAUGUUUUAUAGUCAAACGGUUAAUGGAGAAAAUUCUAUUAAUUUGGGAGAAAUAUGUGGAAAUGGAUUCGAGGCAGCAGGAUACGUGGAAAUUGAUGAAAAUAAUAUACGAAUGGACAAUCGUGCCAAAAAUAAAGUGUUAAAGGGGCGCCUUUUCGAUAAAGUUCCAAAUUCUAGUAAGCAAAGGUGUUGUCGGAUUUGCAAAGUGAUAAUGGACAAACAUAGCUGCCGAAAACAUUUAAAGACGAAAUUGCAUAAGAAGAACAUGCACGCAUUCGCAUAUAGUGCCAGAAAAGAUAAAAUUAACAAAGGAAAUGUCAAUGAUAAUAUGCCAAUCGACUGGAGUAAAUAUACGAAAUUUCAUAAAUGGAUUUGUGCUGACCCAGAUGAUCCCAAGUAUGCCUACUGUUCCUACUGCGAGAAAAGAUUUAUGUACGGCUUGUCAACGGUAAAAAAGAACCUACAUGAAAAAUCACAAUCACAUUGCGAAGCCAUGAAGCGAAAACUAAUAAACGGAACUCUGAAUAACGAACUGGAAAACCAAGAUGAAACUGGGCAGUUAAAUGAAGGAGAUAGCGUAAAUUUUGACGCCGACGAAAGUGAUCGAUCAACAGUCGACAAUGUCUUGAAACGCAAACGAGCGAUGUAUACAGAUGAGUGGUUUGAACUAAAUCCAUGCUAUCAGCGAAACCAAGAGGAUGAAGAUUAUAUCUAUUGUAAAUGUUGUAAAGUGCAGCUCCUAAUUAAAAACUUAAAUUUAGGCAAACACGAAAGAGCUGAACGUCACAGAUUUUCCAAAAGUGCUUAUAUUCAAAAUACGAAGCGGGAAAAGCUAGACAGCAGUUUAGAGGAGCCUAGAGAAAGCGUUGUCAACGUACCAUGGAUGCGACGAACAAAGAACGGCCAAACUUAUUGUAAAUACUGUCGUGUAGUUAUUUCAAAUCAGUAUAAGCCUGCUCUACAUGAGAAAACAGAACGACAUAAAUUCGCAACUCAAAAAUUUCUAGCCCGGAGAAAUAUGAUGUUGGCGGAAGGAGAUAUAAUGAAAACCGAAAAGCAUCAAUUUAAUGUUCCCCACGAUGAAGGUGGAGUUAGCGAGGAAGAGGUUAAACCGGUAAUGGAUGCCGGUGGUAAUCCACAAAAUUGGCAUAAGCAGUAUGUGUGGUUAAUAUUCAGCGAAACCGAAUCACGGGAGCACUACGGUUACUGCAAUUACUGUAAACAAAGCGUAUUUGUACCCACUAACAAAUUUGCGUCCAAACAUGAAUGCACCGCAAUGCACAUACGCGCGCAUCUAACACGACAAAACGAAACAGGAGCAUCACAAAAUUCAAAAACGGAGGACACACCUACGCAAAGUAACGCCAUCGGAAAAUUUAAGUUAUAUAAAUGGCUUUUAGCUGAUCCCGAAGGCAAUAGGAGUUUUGGAUAUUGCAAAUACUGCAAAACUCGCGUUAUGACUGAAGGUUUAUUGGCUUUAGCUCAUCAUAAUUCGCGUAGUCAUCGAAAAGCGACCAACAGUUAUUUACAGAAUCCGGAUACUGAGAUUGCCGAGGAGAACAAUCAAAUGCACAUACUAGACGAUAGGAUCCAGCAAACUAUGGAAAACAUUAAUCCAGAUGAAUCUGGUUCCGAAACAUCACUGGCUACUCGACUGACUAAUGCUCAUACCGAGAUGCUUAGCUUGAUUCGUGAAAUGAGGGGUAAUAAGACGCGACAGAAUAUGACAAUACUAUCCGGUCCAUUGUCCGCAGCUGCAUCCCUAUCACCUUCGGAUGCUGAUAUAUGCUAUUCACGUGUAUCCGAACAGCGCAAUGGCAAGCUGGAGUUCAAUGUAUUAAGUCAGGCUAAGCGUGAGCGAAACACAUACGAUUUAUUCUUUGAGAGUAUGAAUGAAACCGUAAAAAGAUUACCCUCGGAUUUGGCGGCUGAGAGUCGAAUUAAAAUUAUGCAAAUUGUCUAUGAUUUGGAAAUGCGCGCAUUACAGCGAAACCCUCAAUCAACACAAAGUCCGAAUACGACACCGUUGUCGUCGCGCUCAACGUUGGCCAUGAGGGAGCGCAGCGCUUCGGUUACAAAGCCGAAUUCUGAUUCGAUCAUUCCAGAUAACAAUGAGCAAAGUACAAAUGAAACAAAUCAGAGUGUUACCAGCGAUGCGCCAUAACUAGAUUGUAUAUGCUAUUUGCAUUUUUUACAUCUUUUUAACGUUUUUAAACAUUAGUCUUUAUUUUGAUAAUCAAUUUCACAACUGUUAAGGAAUAUUUUCAGUAUACCCUUAUAAAUAUAAUGUAUAACAAUUAUAAUAAAUCAUUAUUGGUUAUGAA